AUGGCGAUCAGUUACGAAGAAGAACGACACGUCGUCGUCGGCGAUAUCGAGUGUUUGACCGAGAUGCUGAACUUCCCACGUGCUGACAUCGAGGAGAUCGCAGACCGUAUGGAACAGAUUGCCCAGGACAUUCUCCUCAUCCUCCUGCCUAGAAAUCUCUCGGUGGGAUUAUUGUCAAACAUCCCACACCUGGAGCUCGCAGAAGGUGGCAUUGAUUACACCAUCACGGUUAAUUCCGAGCACAUCUUGCGAGUGUCCUUCCUCUCAGGCCGUGACCUUGAGAGCCAUCGGGCUUCUACUAUCCUCAAGAUGAAAGUCGAAAUCCAACCUUACAACUCCGAGUGGCCAAUAAAAUUCCGCGAGAUAAAGAGCAAACUCCAACAAAUCCUCGCUGAUGUGUUGAUUACUUCAAUCGAGCACGUCGGAAGCACUUCAAUCCCACAUCUCCGAGCUAAGCCUGUCAUUGACAUUGAUAUCAUUAUCCAACCAGCUUCCCUCGCAGCAGCACGGAGCACCCUAAGUGAUUCGGGAUACACUGAUUGCGGGGAGAUGAACGUCCCAGGUCGAUUUGCCUUUCGAGAACCAGGAUAUGGAAGUUACGAUGGCGCUCAUGGCUUAGGUAGAAACGGCGAACUACGACAUAACACAUAUCUCAUUAUUGAAGGAUGUCUCGCUUUGAGGAACCACCUCGAUGCAAAACGAAUCUUGCUUGAAGAUGAGAAUCUGCGCGAGGAAUAUUCUACGGCCAAAUGUAUGCUGGCAGAAGGCGAGUUUGAGAAUAUCGGCCAGUAUGCGUGUGCGAAAACGGAAAUUAUUUGCAAGAUUCUGCGAAAGGCUGGGUGGAGUGAAGAGGAUUUGGUGCCUGUGAUUCAAGCUAAUACCUGA